AGCUACAUCCCUGCCGGCCAUUCCCUCCCCUACCCUGGACGACGCUGGGCCAAUUGUGCGCCGCCCCAUAGGUCUACCGGUCGCGUCCGGCUACUACAGAGCCUGGAUUCGAACCAGGAUGCAGUGCCUUAGACCACUGCGCCACUCGGGAUCUUGCCAUCAUUUCUUUACAUGUAGACAAUGCCAAAAUAAAUGGAAAAACUGUUUCUGGAUGCUCAUCACAAAAAGUACUGUAAAUGUUUGUCUUUUUUGAGUUUCUUCAGGUAAUGAUUCGUAGGGUAAUACUUAUGGAUAAUUCUGAACGAGACCUCUUUGACCUUUCACUACACUUUCUUUAAAUUCAUUUUUUUAACAAGACAGCUUUAAAACAAUAGCUCUCUGAUUAAUUUCUCUUUCAUGAGAUACAGUUGUUUGCAUCAUCUCUUAUUGUUUUGUUUCUUUUUGCGUUAAAAUGAUCUUUAUUUCAUAUUCAAUGGACUAUAUUUUAAACAGAGGAUUAACAUCAAUACAAUACAUCACAUUUACAUUUCAAAAUACAGAAAGAUUGAGAAUGAUUUUUACACUUUCCUUGCUGUGGCAAUCACAGUACUCAAAGGAAACAAUUACGUCAUAUGUGUUUCCUGGGCCUCCUUCCUUUAAAAAAAAAAUAUUUUAACAAAAAAAAAAGAAAUGCUGCCGCGCCGCCCUUUAAUUUAGCAAUUAGCCAGCAACAAUCCCCCCUUGUUUAUACUCGCUUUUGAGAUAAUCAACGCAAUUGCUGAGGCCCACGAAGGAUUUGAAAGUGACCAUGGAAGAGGUGCAGAACAGCAAUGGCACUGAGACACAGACUGUCACCUUCCCCACCACCAUCACAGCCUCACAGAUUUCACAGAUAGCCCAACAGAUGGCUCUGGGGGGCUCUCCUGUGACGGUGGUCCAGCUCCCUGGGGGUCAGUUCCAGGUGCAGGGGGUGAUCCAGUCGUCGGUCAUCCAGUCCCCACAGGUGCAGACUGUUCAGGGCCAGGGCUCAGACAGUGACGACUCCCAGGACUCCUCAGACAGUGGAGCCUACGCCCAGAAGACCAGAGAUAUACUGGCCAGACGGCCCUCCUACAGAAAGAUCCUCAAUGAGCUGUCUGCUGAGGAGGUGGCGUCACAGAACGAGGGAGAGGGUGACAACCCUGCUUCCUCUGGCAUGACCACAGUUACAAUGCCCAACACCCAGACAAUCUACCAGACCAGCAGCGGCCAGUACAUUACCAUUGCCCCUAACGGCACCAUUCAACUGGCCAACACGGGGUCAGAGAGCCUUCAGGGGUUACAGACUCUCACCAUGACCAACUCAGGCCAACAGCAGGGCACCACCAUCCUACAGUACGCCCAGACGCCCGACGGACAGCAGAUACUCGUGCCCAGCAACCAGGUGGUCGUACAGAGUGCAGGAGGAGAGAUGCAGACGUACCAGAUCCGCACGGCGCCCACAGCGCAACAGACCGUGGUCAUGACUUCCCCUGUAGGAAUGUCUGAGCAAAAGACUGGCAACCCCACCAUGAAGAGAGAGAUCCGCCUCGCCAAGAACAGGGAAGCGGCACGUGAGUGUCGCAGGAAGAAGAAGGAAUACGUCAAGUGUCUCGAGAACCGUGUGGCCGUGCUGGAGAACCAGAACAAGACUCUCAUUGAGGAACUCAAGACGUUAAAGGACCUAUACUGUGUCAAAACAGGAUAACAAGGAGGACAAGAAGAGAAGCCAGCCAGCAAGCGGGACUUUUACCGUCAGCGAGCGGCUCUGCUCUGCCACAUGGACAAUGCGGGGUUAACCGGGGAACACCUUUCAUUUCAGACCUGAAAUCACCCUCCUCAGUUUGUUUUAUACUCUUUGUUUUAACAAACGUGUCGCGAGCGGUGGCAAUGGGAUGUGUCCAUAUAAAAGACAAUGAAAGGGUGUGAAAGAGAGGUUGGCUGUUUUUAAUCAAAGUUUUUUUUUUAGCUAAUGGAUUGGAUAACUAACGCUUAAAUGUUUAUAUUUGUGUAUAUUUUAUGAGCACAUGGGAGGCGUGAAUUGUGAGCUUUAUCAUUGACAUUCAAUUUCCAAUUGUGUCCCCCUUUGCCAGAAUCAGCUCCUUAUGUUCCCCCCCCAAUUUGUUUAAAGAAAAGUGUAGCAGUAGGAUCAAUCUGCUGUUUUUAACAUCAAACAAUUUGCAGCCAAAUUGUUAUUGUAUGGUUACAAUUCAUGUAUCUUAUUGCAUGGUGUGAUUCAUGUAUCUUUUAUGUGAACCAGCUAUUUCCACCCCCACCCCCCUUUCUUUCCCCCAUGAGGAAAUGUUACAAGUCUCAUUCCUUACCCUUGUCCAGAGAGAUGUAAGGGGUGUUUGAAAAUAUAACAUUGUGUAAGGCUGAAUUGGCUGUUACUAAGACAAUCACGCAAUGUCAGGGUAAUAUUUAUUUUAUAUUUCUGUAGAGGGUGAGGGGGAUGAGCAAAUCAAACAAAAAGAGGGAAAGCAAUGUCUCUCAUUCUGUAAAUGGAAAUAAAUAUUUUU